AUCAUCGAUAGUUCGAGGUUGCCUGCGACGUUUCAUAACACUGCCAAUUUGGCGUCUACGACAAUUACUGCAUUUCUCUUUUUGCUACAUUGAAAAGGAAUUUUGAACGAUUUUGUACUCAAAGCCAUGUCGCCGAAGACUAAAAAAAUGGUCGUCAAGAUCCCGCGUCACCCCUACUUCAAUGUGCAGGUCGAACGAAGCGUGGAGCGCGAGGUGGAGUACCAGGUUCGCAAGUGUCGUGUGAAUUUGGAGCGCAUCAAGUCGUCCAAUACUCCGAGUUCCCGUCCAUUUCCGCUUAAACCAAAGCCCAAGAUAUGCAUUGUACGUGUGGCCCGACUUCCGGACGUAGAGCGCAGCGAGAUUUCCGUGACUCCGGCUAGUUCCAUCAUGAAUUCCGACAUUGACGAGGGUAGUUCCAGCGAACAGGAAUCUAAUCUGGCGAUCUAGUCAUCACAUAUUCUAAGAUCAAACAACGCAAUCCAGCUGACAAACUUCUAAUCACACUGGGAGUCAUUCGAAGUACACAGAGUAUAUGUCCAAUAUACACCAAAAAGAUGUGCGGCUACCCAUUCCCUGAAUAUAUGUAUAAGAUCCUCAUCUAAGACUAUGCAAAUGAAAUUAGAUUCAUUAAUACAAACACGUGCACACAACAUGAA